UAUUUUUGGAAUGGUUUAGCAUAAAUAUUUCAGUAAAUUUUGAAUAAAUUAUCCACACAAUUAUUUCAAAUAUGGAACCAAACAUUCAAGUGCCUUUAGAUUUAGCAAAAAUAUCACCAAUAGUUGCUGAGUAUGAAAAUUUAAUAAAAGGGCUUAAAGAACAAAUUGAAUAUUAUAAGGCUGAACAAUGUGAUAUUCGCCGAGAAGUACAAACUGUCAUCGAGGAAAAUAACGAAUUAAAUAUGCAAUUAAAGAAUGCACUAUGUGUUAAAGCAUCGAUCAAUUUUAGUACUACCCCUUCCGAUGAAGUGAAUAAUCUUAAAGAACAAAUUCAACUAAUAAACAAGGAAAAAGAAAUUGCAAUUAAUUUAUGGCAUGAAACUCAAAAGGAAGUUGAUAACUUAGAGAGUCAAUUAAAUGAUCCAAAUAAAGUAGACCCUGAAAUUGUAGAGCAUUAUGAUUAUAAGAAAAUCAUUGAAGAGCUGCGAAAAGAUUAUGAAAAUAGUUUAAAAAGUAAUAAAACGUCAUUAAACCAAGUGGAUAAAUUACAAGAUGAAGUAACUGAUUUAGAAGAAAAACUAUCUUGUAUGACAAAAUGUCGAGAUGAAUUACAACUUGCAUUGAAUUCUUGCCAGGAUCAUUUGUUUCAAGUGGAAGGAAAUGACAUAUCUAAUAUAGAACAGAUUAAUUUACUAACGAAAGAGAACGAAAAUCAUAUUAAAAAUGAAAAGCAGCUUAAAGAUGAAAUUGUCAAUUUAAAGCAAACUUUAGAUCAAAUUAUUGAAGAAGCUGGACGAAAAGUCAAGGAAGAAAGUGAAAUAAUAACAAAUGAGUACACAUCAAAAUUAAAUAAAAUGUUAACAGAGUUUAAGCAAUUAGAAGAUAAUUAUCACGAUAAAUGUGAUCAAAUUAGUAACCUUACCGUACAAAACGAGUCGUUAAAACAACAAUUGGAAACAUUCCGAAAUAAUAAUCAAGUUGAUGAAUAUGAAGAGAAAAUAAGAAACCUUGAAAGCAAAUUAGACACAACAUUAAACAAACUUGUAUUAUCCGAACGAAAAAAUAAUCAACUAGUAAACGAAAUUGAAAGCUUUAAACAUGAUAUGGAUAAAAUGACACGCGAAUAUGAACGUGAUAUUCAAAUACGAGAGAUGGAAGUAAAAAAGUUAGAAAAUCGUAUAAUUUUCAUGCGAGACGAAUUAAAUUGUAUAAACAAAAAUUUUGCUAAAACUGUUGAUGAUGCUAAAUUAUAUAACGACCAACUAACCGUUUUACAAGAAGAAUUGAAAAGGAUCAAAUCAAAGUGCGAAAUGUAUGAACAGUUAUGUGCGCAAUAUACAGUCAUUGAUGAGGCAAAAUGUUUAAAAUCUAAAUAUCUGGAAUCGCAAAUUAAAUUACAUUCGAGUUUAAAUCAUAAGUGGAAACAAGAAGUUAAUGAUAUUAUUUUAAAGUUUAAAACACAGUUGGUCAAACUGGUAAGUGAUAAUAAAGAACUGAAACAGACCAAUGAAUAUUUAAAAAAAGAAUUGAUAUCAUCAAGAGAACUAGUUGCACAAUAUGUUUCAGAUCUAAAAAAUAUACAAUAA